CCCAUUGGAAUUGAGGAAAGACGCAUCCAGGACAUCGACUCGUAACUCGCCACUCUCCUUCACGUUUACUAGUUCACGCCAAUUUUUGCUUCUCGACGGAUCAGCUUGGCACACAAUUCAAGCGUAGACUUUCUUUGUGUACAUUCAGACAUCUGAAUUUACUUAUUUAACGAAAACCUCCCGUUAGAGAGGAUUAGUGUUGAGUCGAAGUGGAUUUUCACGGCUAGCCUUCGGCUACGAAAAAACAAACAACAAACCCGGAGCGCGAUUAUUUAUUUUUCUGACUGGCAAAACCCUGCGUAUAAACAACCAAACAACCCUUUUUAAUUUCAUGGACGACGAAAAAAACACUUAUAAUGCUUUAUAGCUAAAACACUUCUUAUUUGAUCGAAAAUAGUCUCUUUUUUGAGGACAUUGUCAUUUCCUCGUUAAGCUAGCAACUCCAGACAAAGAAAAGCAGCUUUCAUUGCCUCAUCACAUCUGGUCAACUUUUCGCCCCUUUUGAGUAACAAAGCCCACUUUUUGAGUCUAGUUGGGUAGAAAUAACGCAGGAAUGGCCCAGCAGAGCAGUACUCAGGUCGCCAGCUCACAGAAAGCUUUGAUGCUGGAGAUGAAGUCUCUACAGGAGGAACCAGUGGAGGGUUUCAAGAUCACUUUAGUGGAUGAAGCUGAUCUCUACAACUGGGAAGUGGCGAUUUUCGGACCCCCAAACACUCACUAUGAAGGGGGCUAUUUCAAGGCUCGCAUCAAGUUCCCGAUCGAUUACCCCUAUUCCCCACCCACAUUCAGAUUCCUCACCAAGAUGUGGCACCCCAACAUCUAUGAGAACGGGGACGUGUGUAUCUCCAUUCUGCAUCCUCCAGUAGAUGAUCCACAGAGUGGAGAGCUUCCCUCAGAGAGGUGGAACCCCACACAGAACGUCAGAACUAUACUGUUGAGUGUCAUCUCUCUACUGAACGAACCCAACACGUUUUCUCCAGCCAACGUGGACGCCUCCGUCAUGUACCGCAAAUGGAGAGACAGUAAAGGAAAAGACCGGGAAUACGCAGAAAUCAUUAGAAAACAGGUUCUGGCCACUAAAGCCGAGGCAGAACGGGACGGAGUAAAAGUUCCCACCACCCUGGCGGAGUAUUGCGUUCGCACACGCGCCCCUGCACCAGACGAGGGGUCCGACCUGUUAUAUGACGAUUACUAUGAUGAUGAGGACUUGGAGGAUGAGGAUGGCGAGGACUGUUGCUAUGACGAGGAUGACUCCGGAAACGAGGAAUCAUGACAACAUUCCCAUUACCAUCUUCUUUCUCUGCUUCAUCAGCAUCACCCCGAAAGAGGAAACGUUAAGGCAUGCGCCCUGCAUUUACACUCACUCAGAUGGCCAUUUUUGUUUCCUUAAAGGACUUAAAUGAGAUUUCGUUGUUUUUUUUUGUUUUUUUUUUUAAAUAAGAAUUGUUGUUUUCCUUCCGUGUCAUAAUUGUGCUGGCCUUCAGGCUUUUCUCCAGUCUGUUCUUUUAUUAUUUAUUUGCUUUGUGCUUUCAGAUAGCUCUGUGAAAGUUACUUCAAAAAGGACAA